CGGGUCUUACCCAGCGCCAUUUUUGCUGAGAACAGAGAAAACGAGAGGCAGACAUCUGUCUUGCUUUAGUGUGUCGCUACACUUCUACCUUCUUCCUUGCUGGCCCACAGGAGGAGGGAUGAGGGAUGGAAUGCUUGUAGCGUUUAUUCUCUCUGUUCCAUCACAUCGAGCCGUAGGCCCGCGGAAAGCAAGAGGCGGCCGUAACGCUUGUGCCAUGAGACGCAAAGCAGGAUACUAGUGUCUGCAGAGCAGGAUACUAGUGUCUGCAGAGCAGAACACUUUGCCACCUUUAGCCUUUCUGCAGCGAUUCAUAUUCAGUUCUUCCUUCGAUACCCUUAUACUUUCAUCUCUACUGCUGUCUUUCUUCAUUUUCUCUGUCUGCUUCUCGCGCUCCUCUGCUAGGCUGCUGGGGCAAUGGAGUUCCCGCAGCAUAGUCAACAGCUCCUGGCCAGCCUGCGUGCCCAGCGCCUGCAAGGAUUUCUCUGUGACUGCACCGUCCAGGUGGGCGCCACCCGCUUCCUGGCCCAUCGCGCCGUUCUCGCUUCCUGCUCACCCUUCUUCCACAUGUUCUAUUCAGAGCAGCCGCUUGGCAAGAGGGAGACAGUCACCAUCAAUGGGGAGAUUGUCACCCCGCUGGCCUUUGGGCUGCUCCUGGACUUCAUGUACGAGGGCACCUUAAAGCUGGCCGCCCAGCCGCCGCCGGAGGAUGUGUUAGCCGCCGCGAGCUUCCUGCACAUGAACGACAUCGUGCGCGUCUGCAAGAAGAGGCUGCAGGGCCGGGGACUGGCCGAGGCGGACAGCACCAAGGCCGAGGAGGAGUGCAUAAUAGUUGGGGGAGGUGUGACGGGGAUUAGUGUGACCCCACGGGGUGGCUCUGGAGAGGACGCUGGGGGAGGUGGACCUGAGGGAACGACUGCUUUGACUAAGGCGACGGCAGCAUCUGUGCCCCCCUACCCCCUCCUCAACCAAUUCGUGCCUCAUGGACCAGAGAGCAAAAUAGAUGAGCGUGAGGAGUCUCUCAGUCCCAAUGAUCCUGUCAAAUCUGGCUCAGCUAGUCCAGACCUAGCGGAUACCACCCAGCCUGGCAUGGACUCUCUCCCUGCGGGGAUUGGUUCGGUGUGUGCUGCAGUCCGGCCUCGCAGCAAUGGGGACACCGCCCUAGCAAGUCCCUGCAGCUCCACUGAGUUGUACGCUAACAACCACCCAUCCUCUUCUUCGUCCUCCUCCCUUGUACCGCUCCCGCAUCGCUGCACCAUCUCCGAGACACAGAGCACCUGGGCGACAGCUGUCACGCCGACUCAAACCAGCAACGAGAGCCCCGAGAGGGGGGGUCCGGCGAUCUCCAGCGACGGCACCGCAGAGCUGACGCAGGGAAGCGUCGCUCAGACGUCGUUGCCGAAGUCAGUAGCGGCCCAGCUCUCAUCGCAGAGUCCCCCAGAGCACCACAUACACGUGCAGGCCCAAGCUCUGACCGAGGAAACGACGGCGGGGCAAGAAAGAGCGUGUACGAGUCAGGAAGUGACUGUGGGCGACUUGCAGAUCGUGAUGAGAGAAACGACCACGGCAAGAGGGGGCGAGGAAGAAGAGCAGGAAGACGAUGGGGUGAAGGUGAAAGUGAAGGUGGAGGCUAUUGUCAUUUCUGAUGAAGAACUUGAUGACAUGGAGGGGAUGCUGGACAGGGAAGGGCGGCGAGGGGCCGAGGGGGUGGAAGGUGAUGAAUUUGAAGAGAAUGAGCAAGUGUUCCUGCCCCACCCUUCCCUCCUACAUCUGCCUCACCACCACGAGACGCUGACCUUCCCCCUCUCGCCCCAGGGCCCCAACGCGUCAGACUCCGCCUCCUUCUCGGCCACCCUGUUCCCGUCCACCUCACACCACCAGCACUCCCAGCAAGCCGACCAGCCAGCGAUGUACUUUCAGGACUUCCAGGACCCUCUGGGCCCUUACGUGGAGGACGUCCCCACCUGCACUACCUGUGGCAAGACAUUCUCCUGCGCCUACACCCUCCGGCGGCACGCCAUCGUGCACACCCGCGAACGGCCCUACGAGUGCCGCUAUUGCUAUCGUAGCUACACGCAGUCCGGUGAUCUCUACCGCCACAUCCGCAAGGCGCAUGACCACGGGCUUCCCGCCAAGCGCAGCCGCGUGGACCCAGAACCACCGCCCGCCCAGCCUCCACCGCAACCACCUUCCCAGUCCUAAAGUUUUUUUUGGGGGGGGGGGAUAGGGCAUUGCAAGGGUGGGGUUGGAAGUUUAAUUAUCACAGGUACUGAUGUGACGUGGAUGGAUGACAUGGGACUAAAGAGACAAUGGAUUGUACAAAGGUGGUUUGGAUUGGAAUUUUAAUAAUAUGAGUGUAAGCCAGCUGUGUCUUUCAGGUGUGGUCAUUUUAUAAUGUAGAGUACCAAAAAAUAGACACGAAUUGAGGAAAUCUAGAGCACGUCAGUUGCCAACUACUUUGUUUGUGAAGGGUACGCAGCGCAGUAGACAAUACCAGAAUAAUUUGGAUAGGUUCAUCGCACCAGUUUCCCCAGUUACUGGUGUAGUGGGGCAGGACAAUUCACAUGCUCAUGGGCCACAGGUCUGCGUAUUUUAGAUGCCUUUUAAUUAGUGACUUAACGGCUGACGCAGCAGUUGUGAAGCCUGAUUGUCCACAUGAAAUGUAAUCCAGCACAGCCCAGAGAUUUACCCACCCUACGUUAUACAAACCAGUACAGUUUGGAGAGUUUUUAAAAUGCAGGCAAAAGCAGAAAGCAGUGAUUUGUAUGUCCUCCUUGAUCUCUAUUAAAUUGAAAAUAGACAGGGAUGUUGUUUUACCUUAUCAGCUUUGUAUUUUUGCCGAUAUAUGCUCAUGUGAAUUUGGUGCCUGUAACAUGAUCCAGAACAGUUGAGACAGUGUGGUGUAAGACUAGGAACAUUGUGGAAUGUGCAGAAAAUAUCUUGAACAGCAGAGGUGGAGAUUUCAGGUCCAGAGAGUACAAUGUUUCAACCAACCAGUUGAGUACUCUGUGACUGUGUCUCUUUAUACUCAACUGUUUGGUUGAAACAAAAUUCUGGUCUGGAUUCUCUCUGGAUCUGAAAUCUCCACCUUUGUUGAACAGAUACAAAAUCCUACACUCCUUAACUGUUCCUCUUUGAGCCUUUUGUGGAUGCGCCUUUUAUAUGCAAAUGAUGGUGUCACCUGGUGACCACUUUCUCAACGAGCAUUUAUUUUCCAAAAAACUAGUAAGCAUUAUUGAUAAAGUAAUCCAUUGAUUUUCCCAUCUUUUCAUACAGGUCAAAGAAAAUUUAUAAACCACUGCUUUAUGUAGAAAUGUUAGAUAGGUUCUUGAUGUGAAGUUCUGGUUUUCUACGUAAACAGUUGUGCAAAAGUUUGAAUACAAUAACUUAUCCCUAAACUUUUGCUGUGAAAAGGUGUACAAUGCUGUAUUAUAAAUAUUUAUACUUUUUUAUGUUUUCAUCAAUGAAACGUUAAAUAAAUGUUUAUGAUUACUUUGA